ACCCGCGCGAGCGGUUUAAUAUGGCGGAGGACGCCGCUUCAGCGGUUUUGAGUCCGCGGGGCUGUGCGGACGGGGAGGAUGCCAAAGCUACAGAGGAGCGAGUGGCAGAAACGACGGGAGACCACCAGGAGCAGUUCGAGUGUCAGGAACUGCUCGAGUGCCAGGUGCAGACGGGGAACUCCGCAGAGGAGGAGGACGCGGGCCUGGUAGCCGAGGCCGAGACCGUGGCCGCCGGCUGGAUGCUCGAUUUCCUCUGCCUCUCUCUUUGCCGGGCCUUUCGCGACGGCCGCUCCGAGGACUUCCACCGGACCCGCGACAGCGCCGAGGCUAUUAUUCAUGGACUGUCCAGUCUAACAGCUUACCAGUUGAGGACUGUAUACAUAUGUCAGUUUUUGACAAGAGUUGCAGCUGGAAAAACCCUUGAUGCACAGUUUGAAAGUGAUGAACGAAUUACACCUUUGGAAUCAGCCCUGAUGAUUUGGGAUUCAAUUGAAAAGGAACAUCACAAACUUCAUGAAGAAAUACAGAAUUUAAUAAAAAUUCAGGCUAUAGCUGUUUGUAUGGAAAGUGGCAAUUUCAAGGAAGCAGAAGAAGUCUUUGAAAGAAUAUUUGAUGACCCAAAUUCUUAUACGCCUUUAAAAAGAAAAUUGCUUACAAUAAUCUCUCAGAAAGAUGCAUUCCAUUCCAUUUUUCAACACUUCAGCUACAGCCACAUGAUGGAGAAAAUUAAGAGUUAUGUGAAUUAUGUGCUAAAUGAAAAAUCAUCGACUUUUCUAAUGAAGGCAGCAGCAAAAGUAGUGGAAACUAAAAGAGCAAGGACAUUAACUUCUCAAGAUAAACCUAAUAGUAAUGACAGUGAAAUGGAGACUCCGGAUAAUUUGGAUAUAGGAGAAAGUGUUAGUGACAAACAGUCUGCGAUAACUGAAUCCUCAGAGGGUCCGGUAUCCUUAUUGAGGUCCCACAAGAAUCUCUUCUUAUCUAAGUUUAACCAUGGAAGCCAACUACAAGAUCCUGAUGAGAAAGAGGAAAGAAUGGAAACUCUUCAAAGUAGAAGAAAGAAAGAAGACAGUAGAAGAUCCAGUAAACGCAAGACAAGAUACACUUUAAACAAUCAGCCAGUAACUUCUGAAAAACAUCGAUCUAGGAAAAAACAGGCAUGGCUUUGGGAAGAAGACAGGAAUCUGAGAUGUGGCGUGAGGAAAUAUGGAGAGGGAAACUGGACUAAAAUACUGUUACAUUAUAAAUUCAACAACCGCACAAGCGUCAUGUUAAAAGACAGAUGGAGGACUAUGAAGAAACUAAAACUGAUUUGCUCAGACAGUGAAGAAGACUGAAUAUGUUCGUAAAAGCUUGAUAAAAGGAGGACCGUUAAAUAUUUUGAUCACUGCAUUUGUUGUGACUUUACUGGUCACUGUUGUAUCUUAAAAUUCUUAUUUAAAGUAUUAUAGUAUUUUUCUGUGAAACCAAGUCAUUUAAUUCAUUUAAGGAUUGUGCUACUACAGUAAAAUUAUAUACCGUCAUUAUAUUUUUAAGAAUCUUUUUACUUUGAUGAAAUGUAAAGUUGUGAACCCUGCCUCACUCAAUGUCCACUCCCAAAUCCUGCUCCAA